GGCGUUGGGCUCGGCGAGGGAGCAAAGCAAAACAAUCAUUUUUAUCCCUUUUACCGGCUGUUUUUAGACCGCAUACACUCUCCACUACUGCAACAGCAGGGAGCCAUAGUCCACACAAUACUUUUAAAUGCAUCUUAACCCGUUCAGCACUAAAGUCUACCGAAAGCUGGUGAUCUCGCUUUAGUAACAUUUAACCCAGGUUGAAAAUGACUUCCAAGCGCCUUAUCGACCAGCCUCGAGCCGGCGAGAGCACGCACGAGGGGGGCUGCGCCGGACAGCGUGAGCCUGUCAUCGCAAUGUUGAUAGCGGCACGCGAGAACGGAGCGCUUCAUGGAAAAGCUUUUAAAAUGAACGAAGUUGCUUUAAAGAACUCCGUCAAGGAAAUCUCUGCGAAUGGACUUUUUUAUACUUCAACGAGAGAGAGGCACUACAUUCACAAGAAAUUUGCGUUUGGCAGAGAGGAGGACGAACACAUCUCAGCACCUGAUGGGGUCCUUAAACAAGGCUGUCCUGCUCAUCGCCUGUUCCUAAAUGGCCACAGGCUACAAGACCAAAUCCACAUGGAGGUUCGGACCCCAGUGAGAGGGCCAGAAGAGCUAGGAUGUCAUCUGCCAUCACCAGAAGCCCCGCACCCCUAUACAUCCUCCAUCAUCCCCGUCCCGCUUGACAGGAGGCCUUCUGGUCACGCUGAUAAGGAGGUGAUGGCCGCCACCGUCCUGACCACGUUGUCCACCAGCCCGUUGGUGCUUAACCCCUCCUCCGGCAUCUCAGGUGUAGAGCUGGCUGCUAAGGGCUGGAAGGAAAGCCUGUCGGCCAGCUACAGCAGCUCCACCAGUGGGAACUGGAGUUGGGACACCAGUGACCAAUCAGUGCCCUCCACCCCAUCCCCACCUCUCACCAAUGACGCCUGCAAGAACUUCCUGCUUUCCUCUCAGAGUGAUGACAACAUUGAGGAAACCGAGAGUACACACUUCCUGUUUGAGGACCCCAUCCCCCGGAAACGAAAGAACUCCAUGAAGGUGAUGUUCAAGUGCCUGUGGAAGAACUGUGAAAAAGUCCUCAGCACGUCCUCAGGGAUCCAACGGCACAUCCGCACCGUCCACCUGGGACGAAAUGGAGAUUCAGACUACAGCGAUGGCGAGGAGGAUUUUUAUUAUUCUGAAAUCGAGGUGAACAUGGAUACUCUGUCUGAGGGGUUGUCCAACCUCACGCCCACCUCUCCCACUACAUCCGGGCCACCCCCUGUGUUCCCUGUCUUGAUUUGUGAUGCAUCUCGAUUUGAGCGCCCCCACGUGAUCACCCCCCUCAGUCAAUCAGCGCCAUCCGCACUUUGCCACAUCCGCACUGACCACGCUUACCAGGCUACAACCCCUGUCAGCAUUCCCAGCAUGCCUUCUGAACCGCCUCACAGCGAGGACAGGAUCAGUGUAUCCUGGCAAUCGCCCCCUGUUAUCUUUGAAGGGCUACCGGGCCCGAUGACUCAAAUCCGCACUGUGAGCAUCGUUGAGAAGAGACAACCUGUUAACCACACCCCCGUCAGCAAGACACACACCAGCAGCUCCUCCACUGCCAAACCCAGUAAUGGAUCCAGGAAACCCCGUGGUGAAGCCAAGAAGUGUCGGAAGGUAUACGGCAUGGAGAAGAGGGACCUGUGGUGCACGGCGUGCCGUUGGAAGAAGGCCUGUCAACGCUUUACUGACUGAGCUUUAACCUUCAUAUUGUGCUUUUCUAUCGCUGGUGUUCCAGGAACUUAGCACUGCUAACUCGCCAUAUCUCAGAAUUGACUUUUCUUUGAGAGCUUGAGUUAAUGUCCUUCUGAGGGAAUGUCACUGUUUCCUCUGAGCCACAAGAGGGUGCUCUUGUUUUUCUACAGCUUCCGUAGCGGAACACUGAGAUUGUAUUCCUAAAAACUGAAGAUAAAAAAAAAGAAAAACAGUGAAAAAAGUUUUAUAAAAAGCUUUUGCUGCAUUCUUUUAUUAAGGCAAAAAGACGAUUGUGCAUAAGGAAUCCAGAAACGAGACUGUCAGGAGCAGAUUUUGCCGUUUGUUAUACGGUCACAUUUUACGAGCUCUUUGGAAUACAGUAGCUGAAGAUUUCCUGUGAUUUUAUGACUUUAUACAUGGCAGUUUUUACUGUUCAAAACUCUGUUUUUGUGAUUUGGUUUUGAGCGUUUGCAAAAAGUGAACACAUAUUUAGCAACUCAGCAGUUUUAUGUGAACAGUCUCAGAACAUCAUUUAAACAAAUCAAACGUUAUAAAUCGGCAAACUGUUUCUAGACUUAACGCUUGUUUUUGGCUAUAAGCACUUUUUAACAGCCAAGAAAAUAAUUUGCUUUUCUCUCUCGAUAAAGCAGAAUUUUUGCAUUGCUGUUCGUAUUAGAAAUCACAGAAAUGAUUCUCUCACACUUGGCACCUUCGUGUGGACAGCAACUAUGUGUAUAGUCAAAAACUAAAACAAAAAUUCAACACAAUUUUUUGUCUCGAUACCUCUAAAGAAUAAUGAGCCUUUGACAGAGAGCCCUGUGUGUACUUCAGCACAAGCAGUUGUAGUGCAGGAAUGUAAAAUGGUCUCUCGCACCGAAACGCAUUCAGUCCCUUUCAGAUAAGCAGCCUCUUUAUAAGCUACCAGGUUUAUUCCUAUCAAUCCGCAGUAUUAAUUUAAAGGCAGGCACUUUAUCUGGCCUUUACAGUGACUUCCAUAAAUUCACCUUCAAAUGCAAGACAAUCUGCUGUCGAGGAAAGCCGCUUGGCCCAGUUAGGACAUAUGAAUACGUUAGGAUGCAGUUUCUGCCUGGUCAGCUAAAACAGGACAUCCCAGUCUCAUACUAUUCCGGUAUAAAAGGAACGCUUUUCCACACAAAUGUCACACUUCUUGCUUGUGUUUUUGGAGUCUUUGUGGCAAAUCAAAUCCAUGCUACGGCUUUAUUUGCUUCUUGAGGCAGCACUAUUUUUCAAAGGUAAUGCCUAGUACUGACAACAUGUCCCGUGCAGAAAUCUGAUAUUUGGAAAUGUACGCAUAUGUGUGUGUUCAAUGAAUGGAUUUCACAGAUAUAAAAAUGUGAAAAUUCUAUAUGAGAGUGAAUAUAGGACACAUUUCUUUCAACAAUGUGAAUUCCUACAUCAUAUAGGAAUUUAAGCAUAUUCCUACAUCACAAGUAUGGCUACAUUUAUUCGAGUGAAUAUGUCUUCAUCUUUGCACAUGUACUUCAUAAUGUGUUAAUAUAUGGCCAUAUAUCAGAUUUCUGUGUGAAUGUAGAUUCUGAUGUGUCUUCCACUGUGCUAAAGUUUUGCUUUUCAUAUCGAAGCGAUCAUGUGAUGUCUAAGAGUUUAUUUCCAAAAUGAGAACUCCGUUUAAAUUUUUUUUCUAAAAUCAUGUUUUUUUUUGUCGUGCAUUCGAAUUAAUAUCAAUCAACCUGCAGUUGGUUUGUUUUGAUUUAAGCCACAAUAACAAAAAUACAGCUAACUAACACAACAAAAUACAAUAAAAACAAGAGAACACAAUAAAAAACAUGAUUUUUGAAAAAAAAUAAAAACGGAGUUAUCUCAUUUUGGAAACAAACUCUACAUAUGUACAGUACGUACACACAGCUGGGUGGAUACACACUGUGCUAUCUGACGCCUUUCAAUAUGAGCAAAGCCAGAUAUGAGCUGCUCCCCAUGACAAUGCUUGGAGUCAUCUGAGCCUACUGUGAUUGGACGGUGUGUACAUUUCAGCAUUAAAACAUUUUGUCAAAAAUAAUGAUUCAAUUUGUCUUUCCACCACAUAAUGUUGUUUUUCGGAUCCAAAAAUGGCAUGUAGCAUGAAAAGCUUUUAUAAAUCUACGAAAUAAUUGGGUGGGUAAUGCCAAAUGACCAAAUAUGGCUGGAUUUCUUGCCUCUCAAACGUCUUGUCCAAUCACAGCUCAGAGCAGCUCUGUCGUUUUUCCUUUGGUCAGAAUGAAGUGCGUGUCCCUUUUAACCUUCACUAAGUGCCAAUGAGAAGAACAAGAGGAGAAAGUUUUAUUGCACUAACUUGUACUGCACAAAGCGUAUAUAUAUUUUUAUGUACCGUUUUUAUACGCAGAAAUUGGCGUUUUAAAAAGAAAAAGUUUAAUGGUUGUAUGGUGACAGCCAUGACUUUUCAUUGGGUCAGGGAUGGGGUCUGUUCACCGACCUCCCAACUAAUAAGCUUACUUGGCGGUACUUUAUAAUGUCGUUCCUGUUUCGCGUCUUGCAGUAGAUGUCAGAAGGGGGGGGGUUGCCCUCAGUGAUUUGACCUCAGGCUCAGCAUUUUUUUGGAAAUAUCACUGUGUUGGUGUUCGACGGCUUGUCCGAGUUUGUUAAACAUCGCAUUUUUGUGUUAGUCAUUAACAGUGACAAAAUUGUGUAGUUUUGGGGAGUUUUUAGCCUGGAAUCAAAAUGAUUCACCAAAUCACUUUUCUGGCAGCUUUGACAAGACUUCGAUAUAUAGAAUGGAAACCAAUAAAGAGAGAAUUAGCAAGAUUGCCUUUUUUGUUUUAAUUGAGAAUCUGUCGUGAAUAUAGCAUGUAUAUAUUCAUUGUAUAUUUCGGGGAAGUGGGAAAAAGCAUCAAAGAAUGUAAAAUCUACAAAACUAAAUGCCUGUAAUCUGUCGUGGCUGUUUGUUUUAUCAUCUGACACAAAUUUCUUUCAGUCCUAUAUUUUCUUUCAUAUCAAGGCUAUUUUUUAGUCGUCAUUUUCUGUUGACACAUUUAAAAUCUGAAUUCACAUUAAGAUGUUUUCAUGCUUCAAAAAAGAUCUGUGGUCGAGUGUGUUUUAUUAUUUGUAUGGUGCAUGUACUAUUGUGAGGCAGGAGAGAUGUGACUGUGGAUCAUGAUGUCAUCCUGCCCUGCACAUUCCCAUAGAUGAUUUCACGUUAGUUUGUCUGAAUGCCUUUUGGUUCUUGCCCAGGAUAUUAAGCUAAACACCCAAGGAAACAUUGUGUGUAAAAACUCCACAUUUCUCUUUCUUUUCGAUGUUUUCAAACGUUUCAGUGUUAAAGAAGACUAUCAUCAUACAUUACAAUAUUUACUGUAUCACAUGAUUCAUAUGGAUCUUUUCAAAACGACUUAGUCUUUUCCUGUUUGCUUUUACUUUUCACAGUUUGUCUUGCCAAUGUUCAGUUGUAUGUUUCUUUCUCCAUUGUUGUGCAUUGGUUGAGAUUUUGAUGCAUGUCUUGUAUCAUCUUUGUACUAUCCUGCUUUAUUGGAACCAUUAUUGUUUCAGAGGUUGACAGUGUGAUGUCCAGGGUUUGAGUGAGUACCUGAGAGGAUGGAGGUGUUGCAGGUGUUUGGUUUGUGUUGUUGAAUGUGAUACCCUGGCUGUAAUGUGGCGAUUUAAAUAAACAUGACUUCAGAAA